AUUGCUGUUAGUUACCGAGAUAACCUCAAACCACCUCUCUCUUCUCUUUCAAUUAAUCAGUGUUUGUUGGGUUAAGAAGAGUAAAGUUCAGAUAUUGAUCGUUUAACAUGGAGUUGAAAUAUGUUAUUGUUGUUAUUGUAAUGAAGGUGGUGAUAACACAAGGAAUAAGAUUUGAGAUAGACAGAGAAGAAUGUUUGUCUCACAAUGUUGAUUAUGAAGGUGACACUCUUCAUCUCUCUUUCGUUGUUGUUAAGUCUGAUACACCUUGGCAUCUCACUGACGAUGGUGUUCAUCUCCUGAUAAAGGGGCCUUCGGGAGAAAAAAUUCAUGAAAUUCGAGACAAGAUCAGUGAGAAAUAUAAUUUUGUGGUACGCAAGAGAGGAGUUUACCGCUUCUGCUUUACCAACAAGUCUCCUUAUCACGAAACCAUUGAUUUUGAUGUUCAAGUUGCUCACUUUGCAGUUCAUGAUCAACAUGCCAAAGAUGAGCAUUUUUCACCAUUGCUGGAGCAGAUAGCUCAGCUGGAGGAAGCCCUUUAUAAUAUUCAAUUUGAACAACAUUGGUUAGAUGCUCAGACAGAUCGCCAGGCACUAGUAAACGAAAACAUGAGCAAGAGAGCACUUCAAAAGGCAAUGUUUGAAUCAGCUUUUCUCGUUGGGGCCAGUGUCCUCCAAGUCUUCCUUCUGAAACACUUGUUCGAUCGAAAGCGUGGGCUACCAAGAGUUUAAGAGUGGUAUGAAUCUUCAUUUAUAGCGAGAUUACAAGCUCAAAGGUUAGCUUAAAUGUUUUAUGCUAAUGUGUAAUUAGCUUUCAUAUUUCGGGUUUAAUCGUGGGAAAAGUCUUUGCUACAAGAAUAUUGAUUUAUAAACAAAGUCUUCUAGACAAGCUUAUC